CUUUUUAAUCCUCUCCUCGGCACCGCACUGUGACAGUUAAGCAUACGGACCUAACCAACCUUCAUUCAAUUACCUGAACUAUGGGGCCGACAGGUGAGGUGGUGUUUGGCAGUCCGGCGCCGGUCUGCUCUGAGAACCGGCUGCGCUGGGACCUGAGCCCCGAGCAGAUCCAGCAGCUCUCCGACGAUCUCAUCGCCAACACCAAGACGGUGUACGACCGCGUUGGAGCGCUGGACCUCGACAGCGUCACCUUCGAGAACACGCUGAAGGCCCUCGCUGAUGUGGAGGUCACCUACACCGUCCAGAGGAACAUGCUGGACUUCCCACAGCACGUGUCUCCCUCUAAGGAAGUACGAGCGGCGAGCACUGAUGCUGACAAGCGCCUGUCAGAGUUUGACGUGGAGAUGAGCAUGAGGGAGGACGUCUACCAGAGGAUUGUUGCUCUGGAGAAGAAAAUUGACGGUGAGAGCCUCACCCCAGAAUCCAAGCGUUACAUGGAGCGACUGAUCAAACUGGGGAGGAGGAACGGCCUCCACCUUCCCACAGAGACACAAGCGGAGAUCAAGAACAUCAAGAAGAAGCUGAGUAACCUCUGCAUCGACUUCAACAAGAACCUGAAUGAGGACACCACCAGCCUGUCGUUCAGCAGAGAAGAGCUGGGUGGCCUGCCCGAGGAUUUCCUGAGCUCUCUGGAGCAGGACGGAGAAAAGCUGAAGGUGACUCUGAAGUAUCCUCACUACUUCCCCACCAUGAAGAAAUGCUUCGUCCCUGAAACACGCAGGAAGCUGGAGGAGGCCUUCAACUCCCGCUGCAAAGAGGAGAACUCUGCCAUCCUGAAGGAGCUUGUCGAGCUUCGCGCUCAGAAGAGUUCUCUGCUUGGCUUCAGCACCCACGCUGACUUCGUUCUGGAGAUGAACAUGGCCAAGUCUGGGAGGAAGGUGGCCAGCUUCCUGGAGGAGCUGGCUCGUAAGCUGAAGCCUCUGGGUGAUGACGAGCGCUCGGUCAUCCUCAAACUGAAAGAGAAGGAGUGUCUGAAGAGAAGUCUGCCCUUUAAUGGAGAGCUGCACGCCUGGGACACUCGCUACUACAUGACUCAAGUGGAGGAGACCCAGUACGCCGUGGAUCAGAACCUGCUGAAGGAGUAUUUUCCGAUGGAGGUGGUGACUCAGGGUCUUUUGGACAUCUAUCAGGAGCUGCUCGGUUUGUCCUUCGAGCUCGUGGAUGGAGCGCCCGUGUGGCACCCUGACGUCACCCUGUACUGCGUGAAGGACCGCAACAGUGGUCAGGUGGUGGGCCAGUUCUACCUGGACCUCUAUCCCAGGGAGGGGAAAUACGGCCACGCUGCCUGUUUUGGCCUGCAGCCCGGCUGUCUGUUACCUGAUGGCAGGCGUCAGAUGUCUGUGGCCGCCAUGGUUGCCAACUUCAGCAAACCCACAGCCGACGCCCCGUCGCUCCUGCAGCACGAUGAGGUGGAGACGUACUUCCACGAGUUUGGGCACGUCAUGCACCAACUUUGUGCUGAGGCAGACUACGCCAUGUUCAGCGGGACUCACGUGGAGCGGGACUUUGUGGAGGCCCCGUCUCAGAUGUUAGAGAACUGGGUGUGGGAGCGGGAGCCUCUCCUGAGGAUGUCCAGACACUACAAGACCGCGAACCCCAUUCCUGACGAGCUGCUCGAAAAACUCAUCAAGUCCCGCCUCGCCAACACCGGCUUGUUUAACCUGAGGCAGAUCGUCCUGGCUAAAGUGGACCAGGCUCUGCACACCAGGAAUGGGCUAGACCCUGCCGAGGAGUACGCACGCCUCUGUCAGGAAGUCUUGGGAAUCCCGGCGUCACCAGGGACCAACAUGCCGGCGACCUUCGGCCACCUGGCGGGCGGUUAUGAUGCUCAGUAUUACGGUUACCUGUGGAGUGAGGUGUUCUCCAUGGACAUGUUCUUCGCUCGCUUCAAACAGGAGGGAAUCAUGAAUCCAAGGGUGGGCCUGGACUACAGGAGGUACAUCCUGCGGCCUGGCGGCUCCGAGGACGCCUCUGAGAUGUUGAGGAACUUCCUCGGGCGGGAGCCGAAACAGGAAGCGUUCCUUCUGAGCAAAGGACUAAUGGUGGAGCAGCAGCAGCAGCAGCAGCAGCAAACCAGCACGCCGUGUCCCUGCUGACCAAUCACAGCAGCCGGAUCUGCUCCGCAACCCACCACACUAAGAGAGAACAAGGGACUGAGGUUUUCUAGAAAAAACUGUAAAAUGUUACAAAACACGGUUAAAAAUCAGCAGUAAAUAAACGAUUUGAGGUGAAGUCUGCUGUGUCCAUGUGACUGGUGUGUGAAGGAAACGUAUGUGGACGUUUUGAGGUGUAAAAUAAAAAAACUUCAAAACAAAGAAAAGAUUCGAAAAAAACCCCCUUCAAAAUAAAGCACAUUCAAAAAUAAACCCUUCAAAGUAAAGCACAGAUUUUUAAAAAAAACCCCACAAACGAUAUAUUUGCAACAAACCUUUAAAAAAGCAUAUCCUAAAAACCCCUUCAAAAUAAAGCAUCCAUCUCUUCAUACAUCUCAAACAGGACACUAGAAUAAAACAUGGAUGCUUAACCAAAUCUUGAAAACCACAUUUUUUUAAGCUAACCCUUCAAAAUAAAGCACAGAAUCUAAACCAAGCCCUCAAAGCUAAGCUAGAUUCUCUACUAAACCAUCAAAAUAAAGCAGAUUCUAAAACUAA